AUGGCGCAACCAGCUGGAAAUUCAGGAUGGCUGAGAGGAAAAGUCAAAGCUGUUAUGUCUGGCGACACCUUGGUGAUUAUGGGAUUCACCAAAGCUGAAAUCCCCCCUGAGAAGACUAUCGUUUUAGCUCAUCUAUCGGCUCCAAGAUUAGCACGUAGAGGUGGCCAGGAUGACCCGUUUGCAUGGGAAAGCAGAGAAUUUCUACGGAAGUUGUGCAUAGGAAAGGAUGUUGUCUUUAGAACCGAAUACACCAUCCCAAAUUUCUCCCGAGAAUUCUGCAGUGUUUUCAUCGGUACUUCAAAUGUUGGAAAUGAAGUUGUCACUCAUGGCUGGGCAAAGGUUAAAGAGGGAAAAGGAGAGGUUACUCCUGAGCAUACAGAACUCCUACGCCUUGAAGAACAAGCCAGACAACAAGGAGUUGGUUUAUGGGAUAGGUCUCCGGGUGCUGUGGAGGCAGCUAUCAGGAACCUUCCUCCAUCUGCUGUUGGUGAUCCCAGCAAUCUUGAUGCCAUGGGCCUCUUAGCUUCACACAAAGGCAAACCCAUGGAAGCCAUUGUAGAGCAAGUUCGUGAUGGAAGUUCACUUCGUGUUUAUCUGCUUCCAGAGUUUCAGUUUGUCCAAGUAUUUGUUGCUGGAAUCCAGGCACCAUCAAUGGGAAGAAGGACAACACAAGAACCUACAAUACCAAUUGAGGUCCCAUCCGAAGAGACAAAUGGAGAAAAUAAUAAUUCAGAGUCACGUGGGCCCUUAACAUCAGCCCAAAGAAUCUCAGCCUCAUCAGGCUUCAAUGAAGUUUCCCCUGAUCCUUAUGGGAGGGAAGCUAAACAUUUUACUGAGAUCCGUGUUCUAAACAGAGAUGUCCGGAUUGUUCUUGAGGGUGUUGACAAGUUUAGCAAUCUGAUUGGUUCUGUAUAUUACUCUGAUGGAGAAUCAGCAAAGGAUCUGGCAAUGGAGCUUAUUGAAAACGGAUAUGCAAAAUAUGUUGAGUGGAGUGCGAGUAUGAUGGAAGAUGAAGCCAGGAGGAAGUUAAAAGCUGCAGAACUUCUAGCAAAGAAGACUAAGUUGAGGCUUUGGACAAACUAUGUUCCCCCAGCUACCAAUUCAAAGGCUAUAUCGGAUAACUUCACUGGAAAGGUAGUUGAAGUUGUCAGUGGGGACUGCAUUGUUGUUGCUGAUGAUUCACUACCAUUCGGUAGUCCAGCUGCUGAAAGAAGAGUGAAUCUGUCAAGUAUCAGAUGUCCCAAAUUGGGAAACCCAAGAAGAGAGGAGAAACCUGCUCCUUAUGCCCGUGAAGCAAGGGAGUUUCUCAGAACAAGAUUAAUGGGUCGUCAGGUUCAAGUUUCAAUGGAAUAUUCGCGGAAGGUCCCAGUUGCUGAUGGAUCUGCUGCCCCAGCUGGGCCCGCAGAUUCAAGGGUAAUGGGAUUUGGGUCAGUGUUUCUGUUGACUCCAGGGAAAGAAACUGAAGAUGUCUCCUCUGCUACUCCUACUCCUGCUACUACUACUCCAGCAGCAACCCAGCAACCGGGUGUUAACGUUGCUGAGCUGAUUAUUGCACGUGGAUUUGGCACUGUGAUUAGACAUAGAGACUUUGAGGAAAGAUCAAAUUACUAUGAGAAUCUUUUAGCAGCUGAAACCCGUGCUACAUCCGGAAAGAAAGGAAUUCAUUCCGCUAAAGAUCCUCCAGUCAUGCAUGUCACAGAUCUCUUAACGGCAUCUGCCAAGAAAGCCAAAGAUUUCCUCCCGUUUUUGCAACGUAACAGGAGAAUGACAGCUGUCGUUGAAUAUGUACUCAGUGGACACAGAUUCAAACUGUUUGUCCCCAAAGAAACAUGCAGCAUCGCUUUCUCCCUUUCCGGUGUCCGAUGUCCCGGGCGUGACGAGCCUUAUUCUAACGAAGCUAUUGCACUCAUGAGACGCAAGAUCAUGCAGAGGGACGUUGAGAUUGAAGUGGAAACAGUUGAUAGGACCGGAACCUUCUUGGGGUCAUUAUGGGAAUCAAAAACGAAUGUCGCCAUUCAUCUUCUAGAAGCCGGACUCGCAAGACUUCAGACAUUCGGUGCUGAUAGGAUUCCAGAUGCUCAUCUUCUUGCUCAAGCCGAACAGUCUGCCAAGAAUAAGAAACUAAAGAUAUGGGAAAACUACGUGGAAGGUGAAGAAGUCACCAAUGGUGCAACUCAAGACAAAAAACAAAAAGAAGAGAUUAAGGUUGUUGUGACCGAAGUCCUUAGUGGAGGCCAAUUCUAUGUCCAAGCUGUUUCAGAUUCAAAAGUCGCCUCUAUCCAACAACAACUCGCUUCCUUAAACCUCAAAGAAGCCCCUGUACUUGGCGCAUUCAAUCCCAAAAAGGGCGAUAUCGUCCUUGCACAGUUCAGUGCAGAUAACUCAUGGAAUCGCGCCAUGGUUGUGAGUGGUCCACGUGGCGUGGUGCAAUCGACAAAAGACAAAUUUGAAGUGUUUUACAUCGACUACGGGAACCAAGAAGUUGUUACUUACAAUCAGUUACGUCCACUUGAUGCAUCGGUUUCGUCUGCACCUGGGGUGGCCCAGCUUUGCCAGCUGGCGUACUUAAAGGUGCCGACUUUGGAAGACGAUUAUGGUCAGGAAGCAGCGAUGCAUUUAAGUGAAAGCACACUUAGUGGGCCCAAGGAGUUCAGGGCGAUUAUUGAAGAACGAGAUACUUCUGGUGGAAAAGUCAAAGGUCAAGGAACUGGAAGUGUGCUGUUGGUGACUUUGAUCGAUUCGGAAUCUGACAUCAGUAUCAAUGCCUCGAUGCUCAAUGGAGGACUUGCGAGGUUGGAGAAAAGGAGGAGGUGGGAGCCGAAAGAGCGCCAGGUGGCGCUUGAUGAGCUGGAAAAGUAUCAGACUGAAGCGCGUACAAAGAGGUUGGGGAUGUGGGAGUAUGGUGAUAUUGAGUCUGAUGAUGAUGAGAAUCCUCUGCCUGGUGCUAAGAAAGCUGCUGCUGGGAAACGUUGAAAACCAACAGAAAAAAAAAGGUACUGAAAAUGUUUGAAUAUGGAGAGACGAUUGCUGCCAAGAGAUAGAAAGUUUAUGUUUUUUUUUUCUUCUUCAGAGAGAUUUGGUUCGUUUUUUUUUUUUUAAUUUAAUUAUGGUAGAGGACAAUUUUGUUUUGCAUUGUUUUUUUUUUGUUUUUUGUUUAAUUUAUACGACUCUUAAUAAGGUGAGCAGCAAUGGUUAGGAUCGGAUG